AUGGAGGAGGCGACGGGACCGGGCAGGUAUAGAUGGGCCGCGCCGGACGGUGAGGAGCAGCUGGCGGCCGCGCCGGCCCUGAGCCGGCUGUACGCCCAGCAAGGAGGCAGCGAGGAGCGGACGCGUCCCCGUGACGAUCCCUACGCCGAGGCCUCCCUCGUUUUGGAGGCGCAGCCGGCCCUUCCUACUCUUUCCGAGGAUCGGAGGGGACCCAGGAGGUUGGUAAUGAAAAGGAAGGUGCUGAGGCGCAGACCCGACGGAGGAGUAGAGGUCUCCGACGAGUCGGUGACCAGCGAACCGGAGAGCGACUCCGAGGUUUGGAGCCUGAGGCAGAAAAUGCUUCAGCUAGGGACCGGUCCGGAAGACAGCAUCUCCGAGGGGGAAAUCGAGACGAGCAGCAGCUCCCUCGAUGAAUCCCCUUACCGGUGGCCCCCUGGGGACAGUCCCCCCUUUUUCCUGGGGGAUUUCGGGAGCCGGAGCUCUCCCGCUUCUCAGUAUGCCGCUGCGGCGGGACAACCCAAGUCCUUCAUUCCCCCGCGGUUUGAGCCGCUGGGACGUAACCGGGGGAAAACCGACCGAGUGGCCAAAUAUUUUGAAUAUAAACGAGAAUGGGAGAAAUUCCGAAUCCCGGGGGAGGAUCAGCGGCAGGAACUGCGUUGGGGCAUCCGGGAGCAGAUGCUCUGCAAGCCCGAGCUCCCCAGCAAGCCGCAGCACCUCUACGUCCCCAACGCUUACGCCGUGCCGACCGAAAAAAAGAGAGCCGCCCUGCGCUGGGAGGUGCGCUGGGACCUGGCCAACGGCCUCGUCCCCAGAAAAAACACCUCCUCCUAAGUUUCCCAAACCCCUGCUCCACACCGACGAUCUUUUAACCGCGCACGUGCUGCUCUCCCGAGUACUUUUUUUUCCCUCCUCAAAGUCCUCGAUAAUUUGGGGAGAAAAAAAAAAAAAAAAAAACAAACCACUUUUUUUUUUUUUUUUGCAUUUCAAGCGGGUUAAAUCCCGGUAUUAAAACUUCACCCAGCGCCUGGGGUUGUUAAACGGGCUGGCUACGACGUCCCUGCCUCCCUACCGCACCCCGCGGAGCCUCUUUCCGAGUUCAGGUUAGAAGGUACGGGGAGCGGGCACCGAAAAACCGGGAGAAAUCGGAACGUAACGAGCCUGGCGGUUUUGGGCAAGUAACUGCCCCUGGAUUGUUGCGUGAGCUAUUAAGGCGGUUUUAUUUACGGCGUCUCGGCGAUGUCUGUCUUU